GCCGAAGGGAGUUUCUCACAACCACAACGUUUCCCAGUGUAACUCCAUUCAAUCCCCCUACCAAGUCCUGCUGGCCGGAAUACUCUUGGUUUAUUAUCAUGGCUUACCCUCAGACCAUGAACCAGCAGUCGAUACAUCAACACCGCGAUGUCAAUUCACAUGCCCCUCAUCGCAGACAGCAGUCGAAGCAACGUUUUGUCACCGAGCUUUCCCAAUGCCUAGUCGAUUUCGUUAUCCAACUCCUACCGACGCAAGAAGAGAUGCAAGUGAAGGAGGAUGUGAGGAAGCUGCUAGAAAGACUGAUCCGCACAAUUGAGCCUCAGAGCAGGCUCUUGUCGUUUGGCAGUACUGCCAACGGAUUCAGCCUCAAGAACUCUGAUAUGGACCUUUGCUGCUUAAUUGACUCGGAUGAACGACUGUCUGCAUCAGAUCUAGUGACGAUGUUAGGAGACCUACUCGAACGUGAAACCAAGUUUCACGUCAAACCCUUACCUCAUGCAAGGAUUCCCAUCGUCAAGUUAUCCCUUGAUCCCUCGCCAGGACUACCGUUCGGAAUAUCCUGCGAUAUUGGAUUUGAAAACCGACUGGCUUUGGAGAACACCCGGCUUCUCAUGUGUUACGCCAUGGUUGACCCAACUCGCGUACGCACAAUGGUGUUAUUUCUAAAAGUAUGGAGCAAACGGCGGAAAAUCAAUUCACCCUACAAGGGAACACUCUCCUCAUAUGGAUACGUCUUACUUGUCAUCUAUUUCCUCGUCCACGUCAAAAAUCCGCCUGUACUUCCCAACCUCCAGCAGAUGCCGCCUUUGCGUCCUAUAUCCAAGAAUGAAACACAUUUAAAUGAAUAUAAUAUGUGGUUCUUUGAUGACAUCGAUCUUCUACGCCAGAGAUGGCGCUCAGAGAACACGGAAAGUGUCGCAGAAUUGUUGAUCGACUUCUUUAGGUUCUUUUCCAAAGAUUUCCAGUACAAUCUUGGCGUUGCUUCAAUACGAGCCGGAUGGAUCAAGAAGGAAGUCAAAGGUUGGCAGAACGAUCUGUCAGCAAGUCGAUACAACGAUGCUCGAGAGCGCAAUCGUUUGUGCAUUGAGGAUCCAUUCGAAUUAGAUUUCAACGUCGGAAGAUGUGUGACAAGAGAUGGCUUAUACACAAUACGAGGCGAAUUUAUGCGCGCAUCGCGGAUCCUCGCUAGCAGACCUGAACGUGCGAUCUUAGCAUUGGCCGAUUUGUGUGAAGAGAGGAAAGAUGACGACCUCAUGACCGCGCCUCCGUUCGCAGCGCCUCGCCAGGUACCACCCCAGACACCUUAUUCAGUCGGCAGUCGUCCAAUGCGAGCUAAGGCUCCAACCAUACCUGAUCAACUUCCCAUCCCGACAAAGCUUUCGAAUCCGGAUGCGGGUUCUACAUCAUCACCACAAGUACAACCACGAUCUCCACCCGAACAUAUGGCACCCAAGAGAGGGAAAUGGACUAGCCCUCCCCCACCUGAAGCUCCAUCAGCCGACCAUACCCUGUACGAAAGCCAAUUAGGAAAAGGAUUGGAACUCGCCACAGCAUCCACGGAGGCACGAGAAAAGGAAGACGCUUAUAACUCAUCCUCAAGUAACAGUGAGAUCCUCGACGACGAGGAUCGUUCAGAUGCAGCGUCUGACGAUGUCAAAUCGAUUCAUUCGUUUACGGAAGGCUCGGCAUUCUCGACUAAUUUCUCAUACCGUCGUCCCCCUUGGAUCGCCCAAGCACCUCCUAUGCGACUUGCCCCAGCACAAGUUGACCUGAACACCGAGCCUCCAUCGAAGUUUUUACUUGGUCCUCGUGGGAGACUACAUCGGUUAGAAAAUGGCUCCCCGUCUCCGUCUUCGUCGCCCAGCCUCAUCCCAGCACCCAAGACUGACUCAUCAAAGCGAUCAACAUCGACUCCUUCGCGAUCUACGGGAAUUCCAUGGUCGCCGAAGACACCUUUAGCAAUGAAUAUACCACUUCCUCCUUCACCCGAAUCGCCAACGAGUCCUGAAUUUUCGGAACCUGCAACUGUAUUUUAUCAAACUGGGCACACCAGAUCGCCUCGACCUACCUUUGUAUACCCCAGCACGGGAUCACAUUCCCCAUUGCUUCCUCACUAUAGUAUUCAUCGUCCGUAUUACAUGUCGGCUUUGCCCCGUGACAUAUUCUCUUCCAACCUCCCGCCAGCAAUAAUUCGCGGCUACGGCCAUGACGUUUCGGAUUCUGGGAGGUUAUCAGAUGGCCCCAACACCCCGACACCUACUUCUUUUGCAUCACAUUCACAUUCACAUUCCUCAUCCACUAUCUCUGCUCCUACUCCUCCAGCCAGCGCAUCAAAAUUCCCUCAAAGCAAUGUAGUUCAUAGUUCAUCGCAUAUUCCAUCGUCACCAGAUCUUUUUUCACAUGAAAACUCCUUGUCACACCAAUCGAAUCGACACCUUCGAUCAUCAGCACCAGUCAAAUCCUCUGAAGAAUUUUUGAACCUCAAUUCUAAUUCUGUUGAUGGGGACUCCAGCAAUCCGGAUGCAAUGUCACCUGAUACUAUCCAUUCCCACUCAAGUCGCAGUUCGCCUGCAUCGUCGUCAUCUACUGGGUAUGCAACGUCUGUGUCGCCUUCGCCGUCCCCUCGUUUACUGUCGACUACUGAGGCACCUAUAUCGUCGGGAUUCCUGCAUUUAAAAUCGCAGGUACCAGUACCUCGUCUUCCGGCACCACUUCGACCUACUGAAGACCUAGGCAAGGUUGCAUUGGUGCAGUCUCCGAAUGGUGCAGCUGCUAUCAAGGUCGACAUUCUCAGCGUCGAUGGGGAGCCUGGCCGCUUUGCAGAACGAUAG